GAGCUAGAAUGGAAUGAAAUGAGAUAGAUAUGUAUUCCUAAGUUGAAAAGAAAAGGAGGAGAGGCAAAAAGUGUAAAAGACCUACCAAAAAGAACAAUCCUAGAUGUGAACGUCAACGCGUAUCGAGGUCGAGAGAUAGGUGAUGGUAGGCGGAGUACAUACACAUAUGCUGUGAUGCAGUCAAAUGAUGCAGUCGAAAAAUGUUCAUGUCAAUUGUUCGUAGACGUCACGAGCAAUUGGCUAGACACGAGUCAUAAAUGCAAUUUGACGAAGUGGAUAAUGUUGUGUGACAGUUAAAUCUAUCCGAGAUUUUCAUUCUCGGAACAUGAUGCCUCAUGUUUACUCCAAGUUCAUUCAUGAUCGCGUCUGAGAUGAAUCAAUUGUUCACGACGUAGUACGUGAUAAUCUUUAUAAAUUUCUUCGCACUUAAAUCACGACGUCUGUUCUUCGUCAUAAAGCAAAAUCCUUUGUUACAAAUUCCGAAAGAGUCAUGUAUUCCAUCAAUAGGAGACCUUUAUUAGGGGGCGCAUCUGAUAGUGAAUUCGAGGAUGAUAUAGAAACCGAGGUAGAUGACUCUAAUAUUUCAAUCCCUGAUGAGAAACCAUUUUUAAAAUCAUAUGAACCACAUGACAAGUAUAAUUUUGCAUAUAUUGUAUUUUACUUACUUGGAAUAAAUACAUUAAUUCCAUGGAGUUUUUUUAUUACUGCUGAUGAUUAUUGGAUGUAUAAAUUCAGAGAAAUUCAUAAUGUGACAAAUAUUACUCAUACAUAUGCAGAAUUAUUUGAAGAAAAGACGGAUCUUCAAGCUAGUUUUACAUCUUACUUAAGUAUAGCCAGUGCGUUGCCAAGUACUCUUUUUUUAAUAAUAAAUGCAUUUAUUAGUAAAAGAAUCUCUCUAACUGUAAGGAUGGUGGGUUCACAAUGUACAAUAUUGUUGCUAUUUAUAAUGACGACUACAUUUGUCGAAGUGAACACUGACAAAUGGCAAAAUCAAUUCCUAAUUAUUACUUUGGCAACAGUUGCAGUUGUAAAUGCUGCAAGUGCCAUUUUUGGAGGGAGUCUUAUGGGUAUAGUAGGAAAAUUUUCGCCGAAAUAUAUAACUGCUAUGUCCGGCGGACAAGCUCUCGGUGGAAUAUUUACAGCCCUAGCAGAAGUAUGCUCCUUGUGGAUAGGCGCUAGUCCGGCUCUUUCCGGCUUGAUGUAUUUCAUUAUCGGUGAUAUUGUGCUCCUGUUAUCGUUGAUCGCUUAUAUCAUAUUAGAGAGAGCGCCGUUUUUUAAGCAUCAUAUAAUAGAAAAAGUACCUGAUCGUGCGAAAUCUGAUUAUUCGAUAAAUGGGGAAGUCAGUUUCUCGACAGAUUCGAAUGUAUCAUAUACGAGGAUUAUAAAAAGGAUCUGGCAUUAUGGCAUUAGCAUAUUUCUUGUAUUUUUUAUAACGCUGGCUGUAUAUCCGGCGAUCACUGUGUUAGUGGAGAGUCAAUACAAGGGAAAAGGCCAUGCAUGGAAUGAUAUAUACUUUGUACCUGUGGUAACGUAUCUUAUCUUUGGUUUAGGCGAUUAUGCCGGAAGAGUAUUAUCUGGUAUUUUUCAAUGGCCAAAAGGUAAUCCGUGGCUCGUAAUGUUUAUGAGCGUCGCUAGAAGCGUUUUUAUACCUGUGAUUAUGUUUUGUAACGCGCAACCAAGACAUCAUCUACCUGUUUAUAUUCAUAAUGAUAUAUAUUACAUAUUGAUAACUGUUAUGUUCGCCAUAACCAAUGGAUAUCUGUGUAAUUUAACAUUUAUUCUUGUACCCACAAUUGUGGAUAGCCAAGAAAAAGAAGUUGCAUCUGCAAUGAUGGGAGCUUUUCUGGGUAUAGGAUUAGCAUCUGGUGCACCACUUAGCUUGUACAUGGUAAAAGCUCUUUAAUGUCCUAAUUGAAAAUGAAUGUAAAUGAAAUAUGUGAUUUCACUGCCCAUUUUGUACAUUCCCAAUCAGGUAGAAUCAUAAAACAAAGUAUUUAAAUCUCUUAUAAAUAUAUAACGAUAUUAAUAAAAUGUAAAAUAUAUCUUUAGCUGUAUUCUCGAUUGCUUAUUGCUUCAAAAUGUUGCUGAUAAUUUGCAGGAUUUACAUUUACAUUUUUCAUUUUCUUGUGGAUAAAAAUUCUCGAUGAUUUUACUAAACAUUCGAGCAGAUUUCUGUGUCAAAUAUAAUUUUUAU